AUGACCCAGUACCGACCCAGAUUCUGGGUACGGUAUGUUGACGACACUUUUGUUGUCGUCAAACGAGCGCAUAGAGCUGACUUUAUGGGAAUACUAAACUCUAUCUAUCCGGAUAUUAAGUUUACUAUGGAGGAGGAGGCGCGGGGCUCACUGGCCUUCUUGGACGUGAUGGUCCAACGAUUGCCAGAUGGAUCCGUUAGCACCAAGGUCUACAGAAAGCCAACUCAUACAGACCGCAUCCUCCAUUAUAAUAGUAACCAUCCGGUCUCCCAUAAGGUCAGCUGUAUUAAGACGCUGUUCCAACGCAUACACACGCACUGCAGCACAGCGAGGGCCAAAUUUGAGGAGAGGAGGUAUUUGCACCAGGUCUGCCGCUUGAAUGGCUACCCUCUGAGAUUUGGUACACCGGCAAGUCAUGUACGAUAUAAAGUAGAUGUUGUCCAGUUCCCAUAUAGUGCAAGUAUCUUUGAUGUUGAAGAAGAAUCUGGAUGUGUAAUAACCAGAGUGAAUCUUAAUGAAGAACCUAGUACAUUGUUUAAGCUUGUGGUCAUUGCCUAUGAUGAUGGUGACCCUGUGAAAUUUAAUGCAACCACUGUAGAAAUUUCCGUAUUGCAACCCUCAGUGAUUCCACGGUUUACCCAGGAUGAGUACAGGCCCCCACCUGUGCAUGAAGGUGCCCCCAAAGGAACCCAAGUGGUUGUGGUAACAGCUGCUGCCUUGAAUCAAACAAUUGUCUAUUCCAUUGUUUCAGGAAAUGAAGAUGGGAUGUUUACCAUUAACAAUAGAACAGGAGUUAUCUCCAUUCAAAAAUCUCUGGAUUAUGAAACUGCAAAAAAAUAUUUGCUUCGGGUGCAAGCAGAUUCAUUGAUAGUAGUCCGUUCUAAUUUGCCAGUGCCAUCCAAAAGCAAUACUGCAAAGAUAUUCAUUGAGAUUCAGGAUGAAAACGAUCAUGCUCCUAUCUUCACAAAAAAGAUUUAUAUAGGAGGUGUCUCUGAAGACGCUAGAAUGUUUUCUUCUGUGAUCAAAGUAAAGGCCCAUGAUAAAGACACUGGCAACUAUAGUGCCAUGCAGUAUAGACUCAUCAUCCCUCCAAUCAAAGAUGGCAAAGAAGGCUUUGUGAUUGAACCAUAUACAGGACUGAUCAAAACAGCAAUGCUCUUCAAAAACAUGCGACGAUCUUAUUUCAAGUUUCAGGCCAUCGCAACGGACAAUUAUGGGAAAGGGUUGAGCAACAAAUCAGAUGUACUUGUCUCAGUAGUCAACCAGCUGGAUAUGCAAGUCAUUGUGUCAAAUGUACCUCCUACUCUUGUAGAACAAAGCAAAGAUCAGCUUAUAGGGAUUUUGGAACGCUAUGUGCAAGACCAGAUUCCUGGUGCAACAGUUGUGGUGGAAUCCAUUGGUGCUCGCAGAUAUGGUGAUGGAUAUUCAGAAGAAGAUUAUUCCAAAUCUGACCUCAUGAUCUAUGCAAUCGAUCCUCAGACAAACCGUGCUAUAAUGAGGAAUGAACUUUUCAAAUUCUUGGAUGGUAAGCUUCUGGAUAUCAAUAAAGAAUUUCAACCAUACCUCGGGCAAGGAGGACGUAUUUUGGAAAUAAGAACACCAGAUGUGGUGGCCAAUGUCAAAAAGCAGGCACAAGCUGUGGGCUACACAGAAGGAGCUUUGCUGGCUCUGGCUGUCAUCAUCAUUCUUUGCUGCAUGCCUGCUAUUUUAAUAGUUAUGGUCAGCUACAGACAGAGACAAGCUGAAUGUGCAAAGACAGCUCGCAUCCAGAUGGCCUUACCAACUGGCAAAUCAGCAAGCAUUCCUGCCAAUAAUCUCUACGAGGAACUGGGUGACAGCACCAUACGUGGAUAUACACAGCAAGAGCAACAGCAAUUGCUGAGACCUUCUCUUCUCAGACCUGAGGAACUUUCAAUGGAAUCAGGUAUUGAUCCUGGCCAAGAGUAUUAUGGGCAAGAUUACUACAGUUAUGAACAUGGGUACGAAUUGCCUCAAUACGGAAGUCGGCGGCGCUUGUUAUCUCCUUCUGGGAUGUACGAUGAGUAUGGAGAAGUGGUUGUGGAGAGUGAUAGUGGAUAUUAUUAUAGUCCACAGGGGACUUCUACAGAAGCAGAGGGAACAAGUCAAGUUGGAAGAGCUGUAAUCCAGAAACCAGGUUCUCAAUUAGCUCUUAGUAGUAAAGGUAAAGAGAAGACUGUAAGAGAAAGUCCAGUCCAGAAAAGAAGAAAACUAAGACCAGUGAUGCAGCUGGGCCGAAUAGCAGUUAGUGCUCAUAGGCCAGCAACAACUGAAGCAGCACCAUCCCCAUGGAAAAAAGCCAAGAUAUUUCCAAUGAUGCUACAAAAAGGAGGAGGUAAAGAUUCAGAUUAUGUCAAGCUGAUGGCAGCACAGCAGGCAGAUGGAGAAGACAGUAAGAAAUCAGCAGGUGAUGGACCAUCUUCAAAAAAGCUUGGCCGUAAAUUUAAACGUGCUAGUAUUUUGAAGAAAGGUCAGGAGCAUGGUACCUCUGAGGAAGUAAGUGAAUCUGAAUCUAAGUCUGGAAUCUCAAUUAGUGUCACAGCAGAAAGUGAAUCUGAAGUUAGUGAUUAUGGAAAAAAGAAAGAAAUGACAUCAUCUUCUAAAACAACAUCAUCUUCUAUGACAACAUCAUCUACUAAGUCAACAUCCUCCUCUUCCUCCUCCUCCUCCUCCUCCUCCUCAUCAUCAUCAUCAGAAAGUAGUUCUUUGACAUCUCAAUCAGAUAAAGAUUAUUUGAAAGUUACCCUAGAUCAAGAUGAAGCUACUGAAAGCACGGUGGAUUCUGAUGAAGAACAUUCAGAUUCAUCUGGCUCCUCCUCAAGCAGCGACUCAGAAGACGGAACAAUCAAUUCUCAGCGCAAAGUUUCUGACCUUGUGAAAGAUGAUACAGAGUCAAAUAUCUCAUCAUUGAUGCAAAGUUCCAUCAGCAGUGAAGUUACUACAAGGUCAAGGAAGGAUGAGACUUCUGGGUCCAGUUUCAAAACACGUUCUAGAGCUGGAAGGAGCAGUGAAGAAGAGAGUGAUGGACAUGCUACUGAAAAGGAGAAAAGCACUAUCAAGAAACCAGCAUCAGUAACAGUUUCCAAAGAAGACAUGAAAAGUGAAAAUAUAAAGAAAAGAGUCCCUGAAGAGUAUUUAGGUGAAUCAGACCAUGAUACCAAAGAUGUUCCCGAUACUACAGAAUCAGACAUUCCUAGUUUACAUACUUUUAAGCACUGCUUUGGAUAUAACGUUGGUACCAACGAUAUUUCUUCCCAAUGGGCCAAAAAGAAAAGGAUCAAGUUGGUCCUUGAUCCUGAAUAUGAGAGCAGCUCCACUGGAGAGGACAGUGCCCUGGAAAGCCAGAGGAAUCGUCUCAGCAAUCCCAAUAUUCCAGCCAAUGUCAACGGCAAUAUAUACAUAGCCCAAAAUGGGUCAGUUAUCAGAACACGUCGAAGUUGCCUUUCAAACAAUUUGAAGGUCACAUCUCCUGCCAGAUUGGGAAAACAAUUCAAGAAGCUUGAUAAGUUAGGUGUAACACACGAGGAAAACAUCCCACUGAACACAUUUCCCACGGGGGCAUCAUCUAACGAUAAACUGAACACCAGACCCUGUAAUGUUUCCUUUGCUGCCUCUGCAGUAGACACUGACAACAUAGCAACAAAAGCAGCAGGGAGCAGAUUUAAAAGCACAGACCAGCAAGAGUCCAUCAUUGGUAAUGAAGGUAUCAAAGAGUCUUCGGACUUGCCCGGUGAUCACGCACAGUCAGAAGAUGAAGAACUCUGGAUGGGCCCUUGGAACAACCUUCACAUACCAAUGACAAAACUGUGACCUCUCUUUUUUCACUUUAAUUUUUAUCCCCAUUUAUAAUAAUUAUAAUGAUAACAAUAAAACCACUUUUUAUCGUCACCAAGGAAAACCGUACAAACUUUGUAAUUGUGCACAUGAGUUGUAUACUUCAAACAAAAUGCUUUAAAGUAAAAGGAAAACAAAGACAAAACAAACAACAAAAAAUCAGAAAAUUUGCACUCACGUUUGUACUAAUUAAUUUUUCUUCCCACAAGUCUUUUUUCUGAUGGGCUCCAAAUUCACUGAACAAAUUCUCAUUAAAAUGGACUCAUUUGUUGGCUUCAGAGUUAUUGCCUAAUAAUAACAACCA